AUGGGCCCGGAAACAGUCUCCCCAGGCCAGACCUCAAGCGGUCCCACCUCCUCCCCCCGCUGCCGCGAUCGUGAGGAGGAAGAAGCGGCCGGCCUGACAGCCUCUCCUCCAGGCGGGAGCGAACCCAGUUUCCCCCCUUCAUGGGCCGCCCUGCCGCCUCCCAGCUCCGUUCCAGAGCCAGUUCAACGGGACAUGUCCCACACAGAGUGCCUGACCCGGGCCGGCGUUCCUGUCACCGGACCCGCCAGAGGGAAAGAGAGCCAGAGUUCACAGUGUUGUUUCGCAAGCACUUCUUUCGUGCAUUCUGUAUUAAAAAAGCCCCGACACGCGCAUCCAGGCAGUUUGCCGAGGGCGCUGUCGAGUGUUGCAAAACACAUGAAAAAAUCAGACAUGCAAAGAAACGGAGCAACGUCUGCCAUAACGCAGCCCGUGGAGACUCGCGUUUUCCCGGCUGUGAUGAUGCAGAUGAGCCCGUCACCUCGCUCGCCUGUGACAGGGGUGGCGGGACACCGAAAUGGCGUGUGUUUAGCGCAGCGACCACAAGAGGGCGCCAAAACGCCAUCUUCGGUGGAGUGGCCAGUGAGCCCUCUGUCUCUCCACAUGGAGAGCUGGGCCACCUGCACUCAGUCGGCAUGGGUGCUGAGGACAUUGGAGAGGGGCUACAGACUGCAAUUCAAUGUCGCUCCGCCACAUUUCAAAGAAAUCGUUUACUCUCGUGCUCUGGGCGAGUCUGCCAGUUUUCUCCUGGAGGAAAUUUCCACCUUGAGAGAAAAAGGAGCUAUAAGAGUUGUCCCUCCCGAGGAAAUGCACAGCGGAUUUUAUUCAAGGUAUUUCCUCGUGCCAAAGAAAGGGGGGAGGGGGAUGAGAGCCAUCCUGGAUCUCCGUGCCCUGAACCGGCAUUUAAGGACAUACAAGUUCAGGAUGUUGACGCACGCCUCGCUGCUACGGUUUGUACGAGCGGGCGACUGGUUCACAUCAAUCGACCUGCGGGAUGCUUAUUUCCACAUCCCCAUAUAUCCCCCACACCGGAAGUAUCUGAGAUUUGCUUUCCAGGGGAUAGCAUACGAGUUUGUAGUCCUGCCUUUUGGUCUUUCACUGAGCCCGAGGGUGUUUGUGAAGUGCACCGAGGCAGCAGUGGCCCCGCUCAGGAAAAAGGGCAUUCGGGUGGCCACAUACAUCGACGACUGGCUGGUGGCAGCCCCAACCCACCAGGGGGCGACUUGUCACACAAACGCUCUCAUACACCAUUUGGAGAGUUUGGGUUUCCAGAUAAACGUGGAGAAGAGCACAUUGACGCCAACUCAAUGCAUUACUUUCAUAGGGCUCAGCCUAGACUCCCUCCGGGUGAGGGCUUUUCUGUCCCCGGAGAGAACGGCAGUCAUACGGUCUUCCCUAGCACUGUUUCGCAGGGGCAACACAGUGACCCUCAAACAGUGCCAGAGGCUGCUUGGUCUGAUGGCUUCCUCUCUAGUGGCGAUAACACUGGGACGCCUGCACAUGAGAGGCUUUCAGCGCUGGGUGGGCUCGCGGGGACUGGACCCUCACCGAGACGGCCACCGUCGCGUGAGAGUCUCCGCAGACUGUUCACUCGCUCUCCGCGAAUGGAAGAGGCCAGGUUUCUUGUCUCAGGGCGUCGCCAUGGGGGCAGUUUCAGCCAGGAAGGUGAUUUCCACGGAUGCCUCUCUUUCGGGCUGGGGGGCCACCCACGAAGGCAGGACAGUGAAUGGGGAAUGGGGCCCUCACAUGCGCUCCACCCACAUAAACUGUCUGGAACUGCUGGCAGUUCACCUGUCGCUAAAACACUUUCUCCCUUGGCUGAAGGGUCAUCAUGUUUUAGUGAGGUCGGACAAUUCCACCGUUGUGGCCUACAUCAACAGACAGGGGGGUCUGGGGUCCCCCAAGUUACACACACUGGCACACAGACUGAUAGUCUGGAGCAGUGUCCACCUGCUGUCACUGAGAGCGACUCACGUGCCGGGGAUCUUGAACUUUGGAGCAGAUCUUCUCUCCAGGGGCAACCCGCUGUAUGGGGACUGGAAGCUUCACCCAGAAGUGGUGAAGCAGAUCUGGCUGCAAUUCGGCCAGGCGACCGUGGACGUUUAUGCAUCCAGGGAGAAUGCUCAGUGUCCCCUAUUUUACUCGCUGCACGAUCAGAGAGCUCCACUCGGGGUGGAUGCUCUGGCUCACGAGUGGCCGAGAACCCUUCUCUAUGCUUUUCCCCCAGUGGCCCUCAUUUCUCCAACUCUGGCCAGAGUGAGGGAGAGAAGUCACUAUAUGAUCCUGAUAGCCCCGCACUGGCCAGGGAAGCACUGGCUGGCGGAGAUUUUUCAGCAGCUGUGCGGCCCACCUUGGCCGUUACCACUACGCAGAGACCUCCUGUCUCAGGCACAGGGGGAAAUAUUCCACCCCCACCCAGAGAGGCUAGCUCUAUGGGCUUGGCCCGUGAGUGGUUUAACCUGAACAC